CGGGAGUAACAAAGAAGUAGACCGAUAUAGACUGAGUCUAAAGAUUGUAUUUCUGAAGAAAAAAACAUAAAUAACAGUGGAUAUUUAUCUGAAACCGCAAUUAACUGAGAGAUAUUGUAAUUUAAAAGUAAACGUCGUUACGAUGAUGGAAACCUGCAAACGACAUUAUCACUUCCUCGAUGAGUAGGCCUGCCUUGUGCUGACGAUAAUGAAUGACAUGAUGUACAUAGUACAUUAUGGUGCAAGAGAAAGAACAUUUAUAGGAACAGAAGGCUACAAGAAUUUCAUUUAAACAAGAAUUUCAAAGACAAUGAGUUUAAGCUGAGAACAUUUUAUUUUAACCGUUGCUUACCACGAAACGCAAACAGGCUGUUUGGUAUUUUCUAUUUUGAGCGGCGUUGGAAGAUGCUUGACUUUAAGGGGGCUCCAUGGUGACAGUACAAGAGGUUUACAUUCUUGCAGUAUCUUUUAUGAUUGCAAGGCUGCCCUCCUAGCACCCCUCUUCAUAUGCCACUGCAUGUGCAUUAUAUUUAACCGUUGUGAUUGGGCAAGAAUUACAACAUUGACACAGAAGCUGACAAACCAUGUCAUUCUCAGCCAGGACAGAAUGGAGAGUCGAAAGACAUGCUUUUAGGUGGGCAGGGCUUAGGAAAUCUUCAUGGAUCCCAGUGAGGUUGUGGAGGCAAAUGUAUCCACCCAAAAUCUCAAUGACCUCCAGAACUAUCUUGUCACUUUUAAUAAAGAGAUUGAAGUCACUGGUCAGUCAGCCAUCCCAGUCAUUGGUGAUGCUGACAGCUCGGAUCCUGUCACAGAUAUGUAUACACCAGGAUCUGUGGCCCAGACGCUGCAGUCUGGACCUGAUGCCACUGGGGCCAAUCAUUUUAGCACAUCUUUCUACUCGGAGCAGUCACUGCUGGAUUCCAGUCUUGGUGAUGAUACUUCACAAAACAUACACUCCUUAGUGAACACAGUGGACGGGGAAGAUAAUGACAUUGUUGAACAGAUUAAGCAGGAGGUUCCUAAUGUUGGUGACCUAGAUGAUAGCAUGGCAGCGGUGCAUGCUCAGCUGGCCGGCCUCACCAGCGCUAUCUCUGAUCUGACAGGAUCAUCACAAGAACUCAUCAUGACCUCUACUGGAGAUGGUCUUGAAGCUCAUGAAGGCAAGGUCAUUCGCAUUGUUUCUCUUGGACAAGAUGGAAGCGUAUUGUCAUUAGGUGAUGGGAGUCAAAUGCAGAUCAUGAGUGAGGAUGAUUUGCAGGGAUCAGCAGAUAUCAAGGAUAUUCCAGUCAUGCUGGAACCACUGGGACAGUCCGUGAUGAUGACAUCCAGUGACCAAGAGUUGCUGACCAGUGCCAGUUCCUCAUCAACUGAUGUAAGCACCAGCACUGUUGUGGCUCAUGGGCUGCAAAGUGCCCUAAACACUGGUGUCUGCACUGUUACUCCUCGCCUAGUGACUUUGCAGAGUGUUGGGGAUGGGUCUCAAUCUCAGGUCAUUGCUGUGCAGCCAGCUGGAGAAAUUUCAGCUGACUCCUUGCAGAUAAUGGGUCAAGGCAGUGACCAACUGAUUAAUACUGCUGGGACCCCGGUUAUUCUUAAUGCAACCAAUACACUUCAGACCUUGGCCAUAGUACCCUCCGAAGGUGAAAAUGGAGAAGUCAACUAUGUAUUGAUCAUGUCGCAGCCUGAUGGAACCAGUAAGGAAUUAGUUGCCCAGGGCCUCACCCUUGAUGCCAGUGAUGUUUUUGACUUAAAAGGUGGCAGUGAUGAGUUCACCGAGGAAAUCAUCGAAGAAGAUGGGACAACAAAGCGAAUCUUGAAAAUCACACCAAAGAAACUCUUUCAUGGAAAUUCGUCAGAUCUGAUGUGCCAUUUUUGUGCAUACACUAGUCCCAAGCCGUACUUGCUAAAACGACACUUGAAGUCUCAUUCAGAAGACCGUCCUCACAAGUGUGAAAUUUGUGAUCGGGGUUUCAAAACAUGUGCUUCUUUAACAAACCAUGUAAACACCCACACCGGCACACGACCACACAAGUGCCGUCAGUGUGAUGCAGCAUUCACCACUUCAGGUGAGCUUGUGAGACAUGUUCGCUAUCGCCACACCUUCGAGAAACCACAUAAGUGUCCAGAUUGUGAUUAUGCUAGUGUUGAACUCAGUAAACUGAAGCGCCACAUGCGCUCCCACACAGGAGAAAGACCCUAUCAGUGUCCAAACUGCAGCUAUGCCAGUCCUGACACAUACAAACUCAAACGUCAUAUGCGGAUACACACAGGGGAAAAGCCAUAUGAAUGUAAUAUAUGCCAUGCAAGGUUCACUCAGUCUAACAGCCUAAAGGCACACAAGCUGAUUCACUCUGGCAACAAGCCAGUGUUCCAAUGUCAGUUCUGCCCUACUACUUGUGGCCGCAAGACGGACCUCAAGAUACACAUGCAAAAGCUGCACUACAGUGAAGAGCCACUCACCUGCCGCAAGUGUGGCAACAGCUUUCCAGACAGAUAUACAUUCAAGAUGCAUAUGAAGACACAUGAAGGUGAAAAAUGCUAUAAAUGUGACGAAUGUGAUUAUGCAGCAUGUUCACAGCGCCACCUGGAGUCUCACAUCCUCACACAUUCAGGUGAGAAACCGUUUGAAUGUGAUGAGUGUGAGCAUGCCUUUCGUCAAAAGCAGUUGUUGAAAAGACAUAAAAAUCUUCACCACACAGUGGAUUACCAACCCCCACCACCUCGUGACAAGAAUCAUGACUGUACAGCAUGUGAUAAAUCUUUUGCCCAUCGUGGAAAUCUUAUGCGCCAUAUGGCUCAACAUACUUGUGAUUUCUCAGAGGAUGAAACACCUGCUGUUACCAGUGAAGGGUCAAGAGAAGGUGGAUCCUUGCGGACAAUCACUGCUGACCAUAUACUACAUGGAAAUUUAAUGCAAGAGUGGCGAGAAGGAAAACUGGGCAAUGCGCCACAAGUAGUCAUUGUGCAUCCAGACGGACGAAUUGAGGAAGUCACACCAAAGUUACAGCUACCACCUGAUCGUUCAGUUGAUGAUCUUCUGGCUUCUUUAGAAGGCUCACAAUCUAAGGGGACAAACUCUGGAUCAACAAGAAAAGAAAAGGAUGGUUUGAAAAGCGCUGAGAAAGGAAUUAUAGCAAACAUCUCUGAUGAUGGUUCUGAUACCGAUGAUGAUGGAAAUCGAGAAGCUGGCACCCAAGUUGAGCUGGAAUCAGAUUCUGAUGAAGAUGAAGAUGAUGGUCCAGAAGGGCUGGUAUCACAGCAGAUCAAGGAUGUCUUGUCUACUGAGCAGCUGCUGAAUGAACUGGGACAGGCAAGAAGUCAAGGGGAGGUGACUGGACUGAGCCCAGUUCUUGAAGGAGGUGGUGUGACACUUUAUUCAGCUGGGGCAGAUCUGGAGAGUGUAAUAGCCACUCUGCCUUUGCACACGUCUUGUCAGGUGGACAACCAGCAUCAUCAUGUUCAUCAGCAUGAAGCGGAAGUGCAGCAGCACCAGAUACCUACCAUUGAUGCCCCAGAAAUUUUAGCACAUCUGGAUUUUGCAAAUAAAGUAAUCAAACAAGAGAAGCCUGAGGUUGACACAGACUGCAUCUCGGUUCCAUUGUCCCUUCCUCUGGCACAAGUCUCCAGUCAGGGUAUUCCUGUCUCCUCCCCUGGGGAUCUUCUGACCAUGAGCAGUAAGCAUAAUCACUCUCAACCCAUGAUUGUGACUGUAACGGGAGCCAGCAUUGGGAACCUCAAGACCUCAGCAGCAAAGACAUUUGCAGUGGUUUCAGGGAGCAGCUUGUUGAAAGCUACAGAAAGGAAAACCCGGAGCAUGAAGAGGAAGGAAGAAGUGGAACAAGCAUCUCCUGCCAAGCGAACAAGACGAGCUGUAGCUGGUCAACGAUAUACCUAUGUUUAGGAGUUAUUUUGUUUGAUUUUUAUGUCAACAACAUUCCAGAUGACCCCAGAGGCAGCUGUGCCAAUUAAAAUGAAAAACAAUAACCCCAAACUGGAAAUGUUACUGUCAACUUCAUUGGAAAUCACAUUCUUUGAUCUUGCCAUGCACUUUUCUUGUUUUCCCCUUUAAAACUUUAUUUUUUUGGCUCCAUUUCAAUCCUGGCUACCUUUUUGUACCCUGCCAUGUCCCAAACUAGAGUACAAAAUGCUUUGUGCAAGCUAUUUAUGAACAGGUGAAAGGAAUGGGGGCAAAAAUGGACAUACAGAGAAGAGACUGCAGCUGAUUUGAAUGGAAAUAUGUACAAGUUCAUUUGUUAUGCUGUUUAUAAAAUAUAAAUCACAUAUUAGUAAAUUAAUGUAGUAGAUUAAUAUUUUAUAACAAUUAUAUAUGACAAAGAGGAAAGUUGAAGGAUAAUUGCAAAGUGUGUGUGUAGUUUCAUUCAAAUGUGAAAACGUGUCUUCGUUCUUAUGACAGAAUGAUAGUCUCUAAAUGUGAAAUACUGUGCAGAUGUAUACUUACAUUUGUGCAUUUUGUGCAUAAAGAAAGCAUGAGAAGGUCAGCUGUCAAUGUAUAAUGUUAAUUCUACCAAAACUUGCCAAAAGUUAUCAGCUAUUUGCUAUUUAUGUUGCAUCAGAAAAAUUUGGUUUAUAUUUAUUUGCAUUUUUUAAGUUCUUUGCUGUGCAGCAGACAAACUGAAUACAGUCAUAAACGACCAAAUAUGAUUGCCAAGUGCUCCUUUAAAGCUGAAAGGUUAAAGCUUAUUCCUCUGCUGAUUCUGGAUUGCUGAUUCCUCAGCCUACAUCAAGCCUUACACCACACUCCCCCCAAAAAGAAGAAAAAUGUCUAACAAAUCUAACAGCACAAACGAUCCACAGAAAAUUGAUAAAAAUUGCUGUGCCUUGAAAAUAAAACCGACAGGCAUGAAAAAUUGGUGGGAGAAAGAAGCAACAGAUCAUCACAAAUUUCUAGGCAAAUGAAGAUUUAUCACUGACAUGACUGUAUUUUGUCCCUUGUGCACUACUGAGGUUUUCAUGAUCUUUUAUAAUGGUCCACUGUUAUCACAACUAUGACAUAGGUACAAAUUGUUGAUAAAUACAGCCAUAACAGUCCAAUGAUAAUCUCCAGCAUUUUAUAGCAGUUCACUGUGAAAUGACAUUGUUAAGGGUGAAUGAACAUGUCACAAACCAUUUUCUGUUAUAAAGGCAAAGUAUAUUAUUACCUGACCCAAUCUUGGCAAACAUAUAUCUGGCUGUUUCAAAAUUUUGUUUAUUAAUGAAGCUAUUUUACUAGAGGCCCAACAAGCAGUCUUUUACAGAGGAACAUGUGGGAGAGUUGUCAACCCUAUUUUGAAAAGGAACUGUGGGUUCAUAAACACUGAUAUCUAAUGACACCUUCAGUGUGAGCAUUUAAGGAAUGAAUCAUUUUGCAUGCACUCAAAAAAACGGCAUGAUGAAAAUAAACACAUCUGUUAAUAAAAA